AUGGGCAUUUGCUUUGCAACCCCUGCUAAGUCUGAUCCUCUGAAAGGUUUUGGAACAAAAGUAGUUCCUGGAAAUGCUAAACAGUCCCCAAAUACUAAAAACCAGCAAACAAAUCCAGCUGCCAUGGGUGAUGCUUUCUUGGCGGCGUCACCAGGCGAUCUAUCGGUCUUGCGCAGCCUUAAGUCGUUCACAUUUACCGAACUUAAAAAUGCGACUAAAAACUUCUCUCCCGACAACCUCAUUGGCGAGGGAGGUUUCGGUUUUGUGUUCAAAGGUUGGGUUAAUGAGUCCACCUUGUCCUCUACCAGACCGGGAAGCGGUACCGUUGUGGCCGUGAAAAAAGUUAAAUCACAAAGCUUUCAGGGUCACCGUGAAUGGCUCACCGAGGUUAGAUACUUAGGUCAGCUUCGGCACGAGAAUUUGGUGAAGCUAAUCGGUUAUUGCUCGGAGCCUAAGAACAGAAUGCUCGUUUAUGAGUUCAUGGCUAAAGGUAGCUUGGAGAACCACCUCUUUAAAAAGGGAAUACAUCCAAUGACGUGGCCCAUUCGAAUGCAAAUAGCAACCGACAUUGCACGAGGGCUUUCAUUCUUACACAGCCUAAAUGCAAAUGUGAUCUACCGUGACCUAAAGGCCUCCAACAUUUUAAUUGAUUCGAAGUUUCACGCAAAGCUCUCGGAUUUCGGGCUUGCAAGGAAAGGGCCGAUUGGGGAUGGGACACACGUUUCGACCAGAGUGGUUGGCACGAUGGGUUAUGCUGCCCCAGAAUACGUAGCUUCAGGUCACUUGACUCCAAAGAGUGACGUGUACAGCUUUGGGGUGGUCUUACUGGAGCUUCUCUCUGGAAGACGGGCCAUGGGGGACGAGACGAUUGGUGGGCCCACGGCAACCCUUGUUGAGUGGGCCCUACAGUUUCUAGGUGAAGGAAAGCAGUUCUCGAGGAUCAUGGACACGAGGCUAAGGGGGGAGUAUUCGAAAAGGGGUGCCCAGGCAGCAUCUUUGCUUGCCUUCCGCUGCCUGCAUAUGGACCCCAAAAACCGGCCGACAAUGGUCGAGGUUUUGGCCCAACUUGAAAUGCAGCAGGCUGUGCAGAGCUCGCCACAGGCCAAGCUCGAGCAUCGUAUUAGGACACUCAGCACUCAUAGGUCACACUAA